AUGUCCUUAGGAUUGCCUGAAACACCGGCGCAAAAGUAUGUUGUUUCUAUCUUGAGCGAGUUUCAAAGUCUAAUAGGAUCACUAGUCAAAUGCGACAGUGCCAAAACGCCCGAUGGCCGAUGCUCGAACUGCAUUUCCUCGAAUUUGCUCUGUCCUCAUACUAUUCCAGCAAAGAAACGCGGACCCAAGGGGAAGCACACGAAGCUUCAUAAUCUGAAGUCCAUAGACCUUGACGGAAUCCCAGAGUCAUCACACUCUCCGAGUGGCGGAAGCGAGACCGGUAUAGGUUGUCGAUCCCCAGAAGCCCAAACACUGCGCCUAGACGAAGGUGGAUUCCAAGACCCUGUUCUUGCGAACCAUUUGCAGAAACUUUGUCUGGAUGUUUCGGACAGCAAGUUCUUCGGUCUUACAAGCGCGCAUCUACUUCUUCGACACGGUCAUCUGGCCAAGAAGGACUGCUUCAUGAACAAAUUCGUCACCCAAACUUAUUUCAAACGUGAUCAAUUCUGGAAUACACCUCACUGGGAGAAAUCUUUAUCUUCGAUUGUUUGUCUCCCCUUCGCUUUCCCUGAACACGACCUGAUGUCGUGUUUGGUUUCUCUUUACUUCUCGAAAGUCAACCUUAUCUACCCCAUUCUCCAUCAACCAUCGUUCGAGGACGCUAUCCUUGAUGGGAAUCAUUCAAUCGACCCUCAAUUGGCGUCCAUCCUACUCCUUGUGUGCGCGCUGGGAGCGAAAUAUGCGAAUGACCCUCGAGUAUUUCUCGAAGCCGAAGAAGGCAAGGAAUUAUCGAGUGGAUGGCGCUGGUUUGAACAAGUGCAGGCGUAUCGGGAGAGCUCUUCGCCUUUUUCGUCUUCAUUGUACGAGUUGCAAUAUCACUGUUUGGCAGUUUUAUAUCUCCAAGGAACUUCUCAACCUUCUCCAACAUGGACCUUGGUUGGAACUGGAAUUCGUUUGGCCGUGGAGAUCGGACUGCACCGCCGGUUACCAGAUAAUCACCAGAAAACCGGCGAAUAUGAACUAAAACAACGAGCAUUUUGGGUCCUGGUCUGUAUGGACAAGAUUCUCUGCAGUUGGCUUGGGCGCCCAUGUGUGAUUCGAGAUGAAGACAUUGACGCUGAAUAUCCCACUGAAUGUGACGACGAAUAUUGGCAAAACGACGGCUCGCAGGCAGUAUUCCGCCAGCCAUCUCAUCAACCCUCUAAACUAUCCUUUUUCGUUCAUUACCUUAAGCUGUGUGAAAUCAUCUCUUUUGCGAUGGUCACCAUAUAUUCUGCAAAGAGACCUAAACUUGCGAUCGGCCUCUUGCCUGAGGAUUGGGAUACCAGACUCGAGAAGCAAUUAAAUAUGGCCAUGAAGAAGUGGUUGGAUUCCAUUCCUGAACAUCUUCGCUGGAAACCCAGACCCGACGACGACAUCUUUCUCUCUCAAUCCGUUUUCCUCUAUGCGGGGUAUUAUUUCACUGAAAUACAACUUCAACGACCAUUCUUCCAGCAUAACAGUCUACAAACCAUAUCUCUUGGGGCAGCCAAAUCCGCUAUCGAGGUUGUGAGCUGUCUCGUUCAGAAACAACAAGUGGUUUACCACCCAGAGAUAAUUUUCUCGUGUUUUACUUCUAUAACAGUACUAUUAACAGAUAUGUGGAAGUCGAAGAGAAAUCAACCGGAGUUCGAUGGGUCUCAAGCGUUGGCGCACGCUAGAAAAGCGAUUCAGACUCUCCACGCAUUUGAAUCGAGAUAUCUACUUGCAGGAAGACUCUGCGACUUACUCGAUGACUUUUGUUUUGGCCUUGACAUCUCAGCUGAAUCCUCGAGCGCAAGUCUUUCGAGCAAGCAUCACUCGGGGGCUCGGUCAUCCAUAGCUUUGACUGUCAAUUGCUCCAGUCUCACUACGCGACCUAUCACGAAUCCAGAAUACUUGACAGUCUCUAGCCUCCCUCCCCACACGUACAGAGAUACAAGUCCUUCUGAACUGAGCGGUCUUUAUGUCAAACAUUUCCCCUCUUCCCCGGCUACCGAACGCGAUUCAUCAAUGGACCCCAAUAGUCGUUGGUCGGUGGGACGUGUAGUGGGAAGCGAAAAUGUAAUUGAAGGCAACUGCGAAGAGUACUUGAAUGUAUCAUCCUCACUCCACGCGACCAUGGACGUUGAUUUCUGGCAGAUACCUUCUGAUACGCAAGAAGAUUCGUUUAUAUAG